AUGUGGAUGAGCAUAGCAAACAGCAUCAAGUCAGCUCUUCCUAAGUCUGAUAAUGCUAAAGAAUUUAUGAAACUUGUGGAAGAGCGCUCCCAAACUGCUGAUAAGUCUCUUGCUGGGACGUUAAUGGGUACUUUGACCACCAUGAAAUUUGAUGGUUCUCGUACUAUGCAUGAGCAUAUCAUUGAAAUGACAAAUAUUACAGCAAGACUUAAAUCAUUGGGAAUGAAAGUGGAUGAAAAUUUUCUUGUGCAGUUUGUUUUAAACUCAUUACCGUCUGAGUAUGGUCCUUUCCAAAUGAACUAUAAUACCAUGAAAGAUAAAUAA